AUGGCUGAAAUUAGAAGAAAGUUAGUCAUCGUUGGUGAUGGUGCUUGUGGUAAAACUUGUCUUUUAAUUGUCUUUUCAAAGGGUACUUUCCCUGAGUUUUAUGUUCCCACCGUUUUUGAAAAUUACGUAGCUGAUGUCGAAGUUGAUGGAAAACACGUGGAAUUGGCUUUAUGGGAUACAGCAGGUCAAGAAGAUUAUGAUCGUCUUCGACCCUUGUCAUACCCUGAUUCUCAUGUUAUCUUGAUUUGUUUUGCUGUAGACUCUCCCGAUUCUUUGGAAAACGUUCAAGAAAAGUGGAUUUCUGAAGUCCUUCAUUUCUGUCAAGGUUUACCUAUUCUUUUAGUUGGUUGUAAGAAAGAUUUGAGAAAUGAUCCUGAAACAAUUGAAGAACUUAGAAGAAACUCACAAAAGCCUGUUAGCUCUGAUGAGGGUGCCUCUGUUGCGCAAAGAAUUAGUGCCUACAAAUAUCUUGAAUGUUCUGCCAAGACAGGUGAAGGUGUUCGUGAAGUAUUUGAGCAUGCAACAAGAGCUGCAUUGAUGGUUUCAAAGAAAAAGAAGAGUAAGGGUUGUACUGUCUUGUAA